CGGGGGUAGGAGCGAGAUGCCUUUGCCGAGCUUCUUCCACCCCCAGUCCUCUCCGUGCCGGGGGGGCGGUGAUGUGGAGCUGGGAAUGUAGAGGAAAACCCUCCCCGGGAAGAAGCGACCAAAACAAAUCUCUCUCCGUGGCUUUGGCGGCCGCGCAGUGCCCGGGGAAGCCUCAGCAGCCCCUGCCAGCGCCGGGGAAUCCCUCCUGCAGCCCCCGGCGGCGCCCCGGGCGCCCGCCGAGCAAGCUUCAGGAAUGGAGCUGUCUGUCUGAAGAGGACUCUGCUCAAACAUUUGUAGUGUCCAAGCUCAUUCUCCUAAGGACUCUGGUGUUACAACUUCAUCUUUUUCAGAAUGGCUGAGAAGGCUCCACCAGGGAUCACCAAAAAGUCUUCAAGGUCUACCCUUUCUCUCCCUCCAGAACCAGUGGAGAUCAUUAGGAGCAAAGCCUGCUCACGGAGAGUUAAAAUAAAUGUCGGGGGGCUCAACCAUGAAGUGCUGUGGAGGACUUUGGACAGACUUCCAAGGACACGAUUAGGAAAGCUCAGAGACUGCAAUACCCAUGAAUCUCUGCUAGAAGUAUGUGAUGACUAUAAUCUAAAUGAAAAUGAAUAUUUUUUUGAUCGACACCCAGGGGCUUUCACUUCCAUUUUGAAUUUCUACAGGACAGGGAAACUACAUAUGAUGGAAGAAAUGUGUGCUCUUUCUUUUGGCCAGGAGCUUGAUUACUGGGGGAUUGAUGAGAUAUAUUUAGAAUCUUGCUGCCAGGCAAGAUACCAUCAAAAGAAAGAGCAGAUGAAUGAGGAACUGAGGAGAGAGGCAGAGACAAUGCGAGAGAGAGAAGGGGAAGAGUUUGAUAAUACUUGCUGCCCAGAGAAAAGGAAGAAGCUUUGGGACUUGCUGGAGAAACCCAACUCAUCUGUGGCAGCAAAGAUUUUGGCCAUUGUAUCCAUUCUGUUCAUCGUACUGUCCACUAUUGCUUUGUCUCUUAACACAUUGCCAGAGCUGCAAGAAAUAGAUGAAUUUGGGCAGCCAAAUGACAACCCUCAGCUAGCACACGUUGAAGCUGUGUGUAUUGCUUGGUUUACCAUGGAGUACCUUUUGCGUUUUCUGUCCUCACCAAAUAAGUGGAAGUUCUUCAAAGGCCCAUUAAAUGUCAUUGACUUACUGGCUAUCUUGCCAUACUAUGUCACCAUUUUCCUCACAGAGUCCAAUAAAAGUGUCCUGCAGUUCCAAAACGUCAGACGUGUGGUUCAGAUAUUUCGUAUUAUGAGGAUCCUAAGGAUUCUUAAGCUUGCCAGACAUUCAACAGGCCUUCAGUCUUUAGGUUUUACACUCAGGCGGAGUUACAAUGAAUUAGGCUUGUUGAUAUUAUUUUUAGCCAUGGGAAUAAUGAUAUUUUCGAGUCUUGUAUUCUUUGCUGAAAAGGACGAGGAUGCUACAAAAUUUACAAGUAUCCCUGCAUCAUUCUGGUGGGCAACAAUCACUAUGACUACUGUAGGAUAUGGUGACAUUUAUCCUAAGACCUUAUUAGGUAAAAUAGUUGGAGGACUUUGCUGUAUCGCUGGAGUGCUGGUCAUAGCCCUGCCCAUACCAAUUAUUGUGAACAAUUUCUCAGAGUUUUAUAAGGAGCAGAAAAGACAGGAGAAGGCAAUUAAGAGGAGAGAAGCACUUGAGCGAGCUAAAAGAAAUGGCAGUAUUGUCUCCAUGAAUCUUAAAGAUGCCUUUGCUCGCAGUAUGGAAAUGAUAGAUGUAGCAGUAGAUUCAGGUAAGCUUGGAGAAGCAGUCAGUCCAAAGGAGACAUCUGAUGACAACCACCUCUCCCCAAGCCGGUGGAAAUGGGCCAGAAGGACAAUGUCUGAAACAAGCUCAAACAAGUCAUAUGAGAACAAGUACCAAGAAAUUAGUCAACAAGACUCUCAUGAGCAAUUAAACAAUGCUGCAGCAUCCUCCAGCCCUCAGCACCUCAGUGCCCAAAAACUGGAGAUGUUGUAUAAUGAAAUUACUAAAACUCAGUCUCAGCCUAACCUUAAUGCUGGUUACCAAGACCAGUCUGCAAAGCCACCCAUGUAUGAAGAGGAAAUAGAAAUGGAAGAAGUUUCAGGUCAGAGAGAUCCGUUACCAACUGGACCUGCAGACAUCAUAACGGACAUGAGAAGCACAUCCAGUAUCGACAGUUUUGCCAGUUGUGCAACUGACUUCACAGAAACAGAGAGGUCUCCCCUCUCUCUGUUUCCUGGCUCUCACUUGCAAAUGAGAUUUCCAGCUGAUACUGUUAACCUGGAAGAAAACCAAAGACUGAGGAGUUCUCAGUUUAUACCAUUUGCAAAAGACAGAGGAUUUUCUCCAACUGACGUCACCUUUGACUAUAAUCCAAUCAACAGAGCUGUUAUCAGUGAUGGCAGUGGGUCCCAAACUGUUUUACAUGGUCAUUUGCAUUUUGACACUUCCAUGGAAAGCCCCAAAAGUUCCCUGAAAGGUAGCAACCCAUUAAAAUCUAGAUCCCUUAAAGUUAAUUUUAAAGACAAUAGAGGUGGUGCUCCACAAACUCCACCGAGCACCGCGAGGCCACUGCCAGUGAUAGCAGGAGCAGACUUCACACAGGCCACCCCCCAGCACAUCAGCACCAUUCUCCUAGAAGAAAAUUCCCCACAAGGUGAACGACCUGUACUUGGUGCUGAUGCAUCUGCACUUUGUCAGGGACCUGUUAAAAGAUCAUCCCCUCUCUUUCCCAAGCAAAAGAUUUUCACUUUCCCUUCAAAAGAGAGAAGGAGCUUCACUGAAAUAGACACUGGAGAAGAAGAAGAGUUUAUGGAGUUACAUGGUAUGAAACAUGAAAAACAACAGGAUAUCAAGACAAAUUGCUGUGGGGAUAAACGCAGUGAUGGCAACAAUUUAACAGAGGAGCCACAGGUCAGCUCUUCACCCAAAAGCAUGAGCCACAACUGUACUCAAGACAUUUACCAUGCUGUGGGUGAGGUAAAGCCAGACAGUAACCAAGAAGGUCACAAAAUGGAAAACCAUUUAUUUGCCCCAGAAAUUCAUUCAAGUCCAGGAGAAACUGGUUAUUGUCCCACACGUGAAACUAGCAUGUGACUAGUUGCAGAAGCAAUAAAAAUACCUUUUCUUAAAACACUGUUAGUAAUGCCUAUGAACUAAAACAUGGAAAGCCUCAACAAAAGUGCAUAAAAUGUUAUUUUUGCAUGGCAUGAAGAGUUGUUUAGUUUAAAUACUGUUUAAUUUAAAAAAAAAAAAAGACUGCUUUUUGUAACAAACU